CAGUCACGUGGUUUCCCGCUUCCCCCUCGGACCGGUUCAAACCGACCGGAGCCAGCGGAGCUUCAGCUGCGGAUCCGCGGGCACGAAGCAGCGCUCAGCCCCGCAUAGAGAGCCAGAGCCCCGGGAUGUCCGCUGUGUUGGUGCCGAGGACCCGCUGCUUCCUCCGGCUGCUCCUGCCCGCUCUGCCCGGCCCUCACGCCUCCAUGGCCCGGCUCUACAGCCUGGACGUGGCCGCUCCGCUGCUCCGGACCCAGGGCUACGUGUCCGGCCGCUGGGUGUCCGCGGCCUCGGUGUUCCCGGUGCUGGACCCGGCCACCGGGCAGGAGCUGGCCCGGGUGGCGGACUGCGGCCCCGCGGAGGCCCGGCGGGCGGUGGCCGCGGCCGCCGAGGCCUUCCCCGGCUGGAGGCGGCACACAGCCAAGGAGCGGAGCGUCCUGCUGAGGAAGUGGUUCGACCUGAUGACGCUGCACAAACAAGACCUCGCCAAACUGAUCACGUUUGAAUGUGGCAAACCGAUGGCGGAGUCUCUCGGGGAGGUGGCGUACUCCGCCUCCUUCCUGGAGUGGUUUUCAGAGGAGGCGCGGCGAGUUUACGGCGACAUCGUCUCCUCGCCGGCGAAGGACAGGAAGCUCUUCCUCCUCAAGCAGCCGGUGGGCGUGUGCUCCAUCAUCACCCCGUGGAACUUCCCCAGCGCCAUGAUCACCAGGAAGGUGGGGGCCGCUCUGGCCGCCGGCUGCACGGUGGUGGUCAAACCGGCGGAGGACACGCCCCUGUCGGCGCUCGCUCUGGCCGAGCUGGCGGAUCAGGCGGGGAUCCCGGCGGGUGUGUUCAACGUGGUCCCUUGUUCCAGAGAGAGCACGCCGGCGGUCGGGGGGGUUCUCUGCACCGACCCCCUGGUGGCGAAGAUCUCCUUCACCGGCUCCACCGCCACCGGCAAAGUGCUGCUGAGAAUGGCCGCCGACACAGUGAAGAAGACGUCCAUGGAGCUGGGUGGCCACGCCCCUUUCAUCGUGUUCGACAGCGCCGACAUCGACAGGGCAGUGGGCGGAGCCAUGGCCUCCAAGUUCAGGAACUCCGGACAGACGUGUGUGUGUUCAAACCGCUUCCUGGUCCAGAGCGGCGUGUACGACCGCUUCAUGGACAAACUGGGCCGAGCCAUGGACGCCGAGCUGCGUCUGGGUCACGGCUCCGCCCCCGGCACCACGCAGGGGCCGCUCAUCAACACCCGAGCUGCAGAGAAGGUGGUCCAGCAGAUCUCUGACGCCGUGUCCCUGGGAGCGAAGGUGCUGAGGGGCGGGAAGCGUCUGGACGGGUCCUUCAUGGAGCCCACGCUGCUCGCCGGCGUCACCACGGAGAUGCUCUGCACCCGGGAGGAGACGUUCGGCCCGCUGCUGCCGGUCAUCAGGUUCGAUACCGAGGACGAGGCGCUCGCCAUCGCCAACGCGUCGACCGUCGGACUCGCAGGUUAUUUCUACUCGCAGGACAUCAGUCAGAUCUGGCGGGUGGCGGACGCGUUGGAGGUGGGGCUUGUUGGAGUGAACGAGGGCCUGCUGUCCACCCCGGAGGCCACCUUCGGGGGGGUCAAACAGUCCGGGUUGGGCCGCGAGGGAUCCAAGUACGGCAUCGAGGAGUACUUAGACGUGAAGUACAUGUGUCUCGGGGGCCUCCAGCUGUGAGGGGGCGGCGUCCAGCUGUGAGGGGGCGGCGCCCACCGUCCAGCUGUGAGGGGGCGGCGCCCACCGUCCAGCUGUGAGGGGGCGGCGCCCGCCGUCCAGCUGUGAGGGGGCGGCGCCCGCCGUCCAGCUCUGAUCUGUAGAGCCACGUUGUGAUUAACACAUUUUAACGUUCCUGAUGACAGAAAGAAAUAAUAACAGGGUCCAGAGAAAUGUAUUUUGAGAAAUCUCUUUUGAAAUUAAUAUUUUGAUCAGGGUUGAUAUUCAGUUCUGAUUGGAUGAUUUUGUGCCAUAAUCACGACCCACCAUCAAAACAGGAGGAGUUCAUUCAUGGUCCUAUUUUGAAAUAAUAAUAUUUUACUACUCUAACCAGUAGGAGGAGCUGUAGCGUCCCCUUGUGGAUAAGCCCCGCCCCCCUCGGUAACUUUACCUUCUCACACUGCAUCUGCACUGGUUACCAUGGUAACAGCCUUUAACGGCCAAAUACGUGUCAUAGUUUAGUUUUUUGUAAUAGUCCUGUAAAAGAAACUUUACGUACUAAUAUAUUAUUGAUUCAUUGAAACCUUUAUUUAUACAGAGGGAAAGCCACUGAGAGAGAGAGAGCUUUAACAAUACAAAUAUACAAAUAUACAGUAAAGAAACAAUUAUAUACAAAUGUAAAAACAGAAAUACAGACAAAUUAGAAACAAAGCAGCAAAAGUAAUAAACGUUUGAGUCGACUCUGGGUUGAACUUCUUGCUUCUGGUUCCAACAACCAGACUUUUUCUAACGGAAACUUUAAACACUACAAACUAGUUGCUGCUGCUAGUUAGCCGGCAUGCUAACAGGAACCGGUGACAGUUGCUAAGCUGUGAUUGGAGAGUGACUGUUAGGGGCGGGGUUUAGUUGAAAACGUUGGUGAAGGUUACGUCAGGAAAUCUGCUUCUUCUCCGUCACCAUCUUAGAAAACAUCUGUUUUCCACAAAGUGAACUUCCUGUAUAACACAGACAUGUUGUUGUGCUACUGAUUAAACAAAAUACCCUAAACCCUUAAGAUAAAUCGUUCUGUUGGUGUUGAUCUUCCUGAAGUUCUGUCGUAGGAUUAUUUCAGUGAAAACAGUUUUUUUUGUGAUUAAAAUCCUUAAAUAUGCUGAUAUAAAAGAAAUAGGAACAGAUUUGCAUUUUAAUCAUUAGUUUAACGUUUGGACCUUUAGUUCAAAAUGUAGUUUAUGUUUCUUGGGUAAAAUGAUUUGUUGAAUAUAGACGUUGAACACGUGGCUAAUGUGGAGGAAUCAUCUGCAUGUCUCCGGUUUCUAGAACAAAAUCAAUGUCAGUGUUUUUCUGUGUAGAGAUAAAUAAAUAGAUCAGAUUUAAAGUUUCCUGGUGACACGUCGUCAGGUUGAAUCUGAACCUGAAGCAGUUUUGCCAAAAUGAGUCUCGUGACGUUUGUUCUACAAACAUUAUUGGAAGUGACUGAAACUGUGAAGAGGAAAUAAAAACCAGACGUAAAGUU